AUGCCGAAGAACCAGAAGUCCUCAGCGACUUCGGGUACACGGAAGAAGAAUGCUCGCAAGGCAGCUGUAGGUGUACUCCCUCCGGAAGUCCUUGUCGUCCCGAAGCAGAAGAAACAGAAAGGACAGAAAAAAGAGCCCCGGAAGAAAGUAUACAUUCAGCCCUCUAAGCCGUCCCCACCGCAGCCAGAUCCAUUGGAUACUCUUGGCCUUAUACAUAGACUACCACCGGAACUUGUCAUGAUUCUUCGAUCCUUGGGAAAGAAGGAUCCAGUCACGAAGGGACGGGCUCUGGAAGAAAUUCAAUCAAAAUGGAUCGAUGAAAGUUCGAGGAAGGGGGAUGAGAGCGUGGAAUGCGAUGCACUUGUUACGAUGCUACCAGUUUGGUUUCAUAGGGCUCCUGUAUUCUUCACACAUCCGGUCCGCCGCAUCCGCCUCUUGGCUGCUACACUCCAUUUCUCAUACCUACGCAUCCCCGCUGUCCGUGAUGCCGCUACAUUCUUUUUGAGAGAGACUGCAACAUCUGAGCAAAUAGAGGCUCUUAUGGGUACAUGGUGCAUGGUCGCACACGAUGUUGACCGCCAGGUAUCUCUGCAGGGACGGAAGUCCUGGUCUAGCAUCGUUUCUCCAGGUGUAGACGGAGAAAUACUAGUAAACUCCGAAAUAAUGGCCUCUAUCAUGGAUUUUCUCCAAAGAACUCUUUUGGAUCCUUCAGGAGUGCAUCUCAACCUAAACCCUGCUGCACCAGUUGCGGCUCCUACUCCGGGAAUCAAGAAGCCCGCCGGGAGAUUCAUUCCGGUAGCCCCUAGGGAAGAACCAGAAUCUAACAAGGCAGAUGAAGAAAGUGAUAUUGACAGAAAUGCUCGUCUUCGUUUCGGUGCACUGAGCGCUGUCCGCUGGCUUUUGGAUGCUCGUCUUGCCUCGAAGAUUAUGUCUCUAGAUGAUCUAUCUGGGCUGCUAUCUAACCCGUUAUUUUGGACGUCGCUGUAUUGUGGUGAGAAUGCGCCUUGGAUUCCCGACCCUGAAAUCCAAGGUCUUGGGCAUGGGCAACCUCAAGUACGCCAGGCCACAUGGGCAUUGUUGUCUGCUCUGCUACAGCGUUAUAAAGGUGGUGCUAUUGAGCCAUAUAUUACCAUAUUGAGCGUUGCUUUACUUCGCUCUGCAUGGGUCGAGACGGACCCAGGAGUUAGAAAUACAUUGUUCCAGCCAAUCUUAAUUUUCCUCAAAGAGUUCCCAAAUGCGUGGAUUCUUGAAGCAGCAUAUGAGCCAGAUAAACACGGGGAUGAUGAUGAUUCGGACUCGGAUGGCGAGGAGCGUGAGACUCAAAAGUCGUCAACUCGCAAGGAGCAAUCUUCUCAGGCAUACCGCGAGUUUCUUCAAUUCCUUGAGCUUGGGUGUGCUGGAUCACCCGUCGAUGGGUAUCCUACAGUCCUGGUUGUUGUAUCAACGAUUCCCUCUUCCGUAUCUUCCUCUAGGACGGGGAUGCCCCUCGACGAUUUCUUCACUUCGUUCUGGGCAGCGAUCGAUGGCCACGCACUAAGUUCUUUAGAGAGAAAGGUGCCUUCUGCCUCAUUCCUUUCGUCUCUCCUGGAAUGUCUGGUGUUCUUCUUGAGACGACUGUUGAGUGGAUCGCAUGACCAUUCAGUGUUAUCCGGGUCUGUCUUAGAUGGCAUAGAGCCAAAUAAUACACACCCACGAGACGUGGCAGAUGGACUUAUCAGAUCUCAAUUCACACGAGUUUGGGAAGAGCUUAAGUCAAGGCGCCUAAGAACCGACGAGAAUGAUGCGGGGAAGUUGAUAGCUAGUUCGUUACUCUCUCUGUAUCGCAUGGAUGUUGAUCUUUUCAAAACUGCCUGGGAUACUGUCUCGAGUGCGGUCCUUUCUCAAGAGGACGAGAGUCUGGCUCUUACACCUACGGUGCUCCGGACGUUCGUGGACACUUUCGAAACCAAAGGCCUUCCUGCAGAGGUUACACGCACUCUCAUAAGCAAUUAUGUGCAGGAAACUGUUGGGAAGUGUGAGACAGUCCUUGCCUCUGAGGCGAUCAGUGCUGGAUUAUCGAAGAACAUUGGUGUGGUGAUCACGGUCAUGGAGACAUUUGGAUCUCAUCUAUUCCAGCACUCCGACUUUGCUGUGAGAAUGGAUAACAUGUUCAUUAAUCAUGCUCUCCGCAUUCUACAAGCUUCUCCUCAGGCAAUUUCCACGUUCAUGUCUCGUCGGAAUGACGAGGAUCGUUGUCUGGAGCUAUGGCAUGUUUUACUGGUCGACAUUUCCCAACAGAUCGACGCGUUGUCGUCACUACUGGACGUGAUCAGCACCGACAUAUGUCCCAAAUAUUUACGACCCGAGGACGGCGAGUUAGAUGGCGUCAUAGAGCACCUGUUUAUUGAGGUGCUAAACGGGGAUGUGCCGGCUUCUCGCAGCGAUUUGGUAAAGAGGCUCAUUCAAGUACAAAAUUUUAUCCUCUCGGAGAAUGGGCAAGAUAUCUUGUUCCAGACGCUUGUAUCGUCGUUAUCGUCCACUGUAGACGAUAUUCUGUACACAACAAACACGCCGUUCACUGGGCUAGCCACUGCUAUAGAGUUCAUGCGCAUCAUGCUCAGCGCGAACUCUGAACUUACCAGUGACUCACUGACAUCUGUUCUCCCAAAUGCUUUCAUCGUCGGAUAUCUACUGCCAGUGACGUUUCCUACAUUGGAAACACCUAUAAUUGAUACCGCACGAGGGGUUUGGGAUCUUUGGGUUUCGAAGGCAGAUAUUGGACUACAGAGCGUCCUGAGUGGACUAGUCACAGAGAGGUUGAAAGACCUUCUACAAGAUUGCUCUACCUGCACGCGACCAGAAGAUAUUCUAACAGCCAUAGGUCAUAAGCCAAAAGGCACUGAUAUCACCCCACUUGCAGACGUCUUCCCAACACCAGGCGAAUUCAACACAAUGAUUAACUCGCUUCCGUCGGAUCCACCUGACCCUAGUCUCGCAUUCAUCGAGUCCAUCAUCCCGGCCACCUCGGAGUUUGAGAACCCAACCAUCUCUGGCCUAGAAUUUGAUUCAAGGGGCUAUUCACCAUACAUCAGGGUUACGGCUGCUCUUCUGGCGUACUUGGGUGACAACCGGAGCAUCGCUAAGGAGAGUAUGUGGGCACUUCGGCACAUAUUGGCACUCGGUCAAUACGCGAAUGAUCUUCUACGUGUCCCCGCGACACCAAGUGGAUUAUUUAGGCCAGAUGUAUCGCCGUCAGAACUGCGCAGACUGCUUGGGAAGGUCCACCAACUAUCCACUUACCUCCUGUCCACAGGCGACGAUGGUCUUCACAAUCAAGUUGUCAGCGCAUGCACAUCUACUCGCGCAAUACCUUCAUCGGAUGGUUUAGUGUCUUUUGUUGUGGACGUCGUUAAUCACGCCAAAAGAGGUGAUACUGUCAGAGAUGCACUAUUGUUGCGCUCGGUGUUGAAGCACCUUUUUGCGAGCGCAAGUAAAUCAGAUUCUGACCAAUGGAUGAAUCUGGCACGUAGGCUGGAAAAGACAGCGCCGCAAACUACCGUGGCCAUCCUCACCAGCAUCACUGAAUUUGCUCCAGAACCAUCGAGGAUGGACCGUUACCGCAACGAGAUUGCUUCGGAUAUCCUCGGAAUACCUGCGAGCAGAGCAAACACGGCAGGAGUCGUCCUGCUUCGUCGUCUUGCAGCGACAGCACCUUUAUCUGAAUCUGAUGUGGUGUUCUUGCCACAGCAGCGCGCCGUCAAUAUCGUGAAAGCCUGUCAAGCUUGGGUUUCUUCUGACGAAGAUAUUGAUGAAGAAGUGGAGAGUAUGAUGACACUCUUGUUCAUACAUUUGUCCCCGAUUUUGCAAUCCGUUGCUGGGAACCAUUGGGAGUUUAUUUUCGAUGUGGUUGAGAACAACUUAGAGAAUUGUUCUUUUGCCGAUAGCGCAACGCUGACGAUGCUAGGGAGAUCGCUCCGUCUGAUCCUUGCUGUUCAAGAUCUGGUCCUUACCAACAAGCCACUGCGUGCAAGCUGGGACGAGAGGAAAGAAUCUAUCCUGGCGCUUGUGAAGAAUUUGGUAUCCGCAAGACUUGAUAACGCCGAUCGUUCCGAGCCACGUUCUCUGUGCAGGGAGCUGGCACUUGCAGUCAUUCAAGAAUUGCCCGAUACACUAGUGGACGAGAAAACUCUGCCUGAAAUGUGUCACCUCCUCACUGAUCCUUCCUACGAAGUUCAGCGCAUGGGGUACACCCUUCUGCACAAAGCAGCUCGAAAGCGGACCGAACAUUUUGUCAUUGAAUCUGCUGUUGACACAGAAGACACUGUCAGCGCUGAACUACCUGCUGAACUUCUUGCGAUUUUGCAAUUGAAUCUCCCUUUGGCAGAGGGAUUCUGUGAUUCUGAAUCAGACACCGUCGAGAUCGAUCUGUCAGAACUAUACAAAGUCUCUGGGUACCUAUUAGCAUGGAUGAUCAUGUUCGAUUUAUUCAUUGACGCGUCUAUCAAAGUUAGGUCACAGUACUUUAAUCAAAUGAGGAGCGUUGGCAUCAUCGCAAAUUUCUUCAUUCCUAAUGUUUUCGAUGUUCUUGGUCUGUUCAGUGGAAAGAAGAAGGCAUUCAAACUUGAUAUAUGGGCAGUCGACGACUUUUUCAUUGACCACUUCGAGCCGGAGAGCGUUCUCGGCCUACGACUCCUAGCCGCUCAUAUAUAUCAUCGAGCGCUUCUGACAGUUCCAGCGUCAAUACGCACCUGGAUCUCAGACUGUUCAGACAGACAGCUAUUAUCGCGCGUGGUGGACUAUACUGCUUCGUAUUUCUCACCAGGAAUUAUCAGAGCCGAGCUUGCGCAAGUGCGGCAGGCUGAUCCAUCGUCAGAGCUCAACACAACGGAGAAUCUCACCAUCAAGGUGUCACCAAACGCUGGAGAGGUCACAGCAUCCUACACGGUUGAUGAUCAAGUACUGGAAUUGUCUCUGAGAUUGCCAAACGACUGGCCAUUGCACCGACUUGACAUCCGUGAUACAAAGAUGGUUGGGGUAUCCGAAGAUAGAUGGAGAGGUUGGGUACUUGGGGUACAACAAAUUGUUUGGCAACAGAACGGUCGGAUUGUCGAUGGCCUGACAUUAUUCACGAAGAAUGUGUCCCUCCAUUUUGCUGGCCAAGUGGAUUGUGCAAUCUGCUACUCGAUUAUCAGUGUCAUGGACAGCAGCCUUCCACAAAAGCCUUGCAAGACCUGCAAGAACCGUUUCCACGCAAGCUGCUUGUACAAAUGGUUCAAAAGCAGCCAUUCAUCAAGUUGCCCACUUUGCCGGUCUGAUAUACUGUGAAAGAA